AAGAUGGAUAAGCAAAGUUUGCCCGAGGCAGAAUUGGCGGAGCUGGAACUUGAUGCUGUGAUCGGCUUCAAUGGACAUGUUCCCACAGGUCUCAAAUGCCAUCCUGACCAGGAGAAUCUGAUCUAUCCGCUGGGUUGCACAGUCCUCAUUCAGGCAAUAAAUACUCACGAGCAGAGUUUCCUACAUGGCCAUGGUAACAAUGUCUCCUGUUUGACCAUCUCCAAGAGUGGAGAUUACAUUGCUUCAGGACAAGUCACAUUCAUGGGGUUCAAGGCAGACAUCAUUUUGUGGGAUUAUAAGAAAAGGGAGCUAAUUACGCGGCUGUCACUUCACAAAGGCAAAAUCGAAGCUCUGGCCUUUUCGCCAAAUGAUUUGUACUUGGUAUCGCUAGGAGGCCCAGAUGACGGAAGUGUGGUGGUAUGGAGCAUAGCCAAGAGAGAUGCCAUCUGUGGUAGCCCUGCGGCUGGCCUCAAUGUCGGGAACGCCACCACCGUGGUCUUCUCCAGGUGUCGGGAUGAAAUGUUUGUCACUGCUGGAAAUGGGACAAUUCGAGUGUGGGAACUGGAUCUCCCGAAUAGAAAAAUCUGGCCAACUGAAUGCCAAACAGGACAGAUGAAAAGAAUAGUUAUGAGUAUUUCAAUGGCUGAUGAUGACAGCUUUUUCUAUGUUGGCACCACAACUGGAGAUAUUCUGAAAAUGAACCCCAGGACCAAACUGAUGGCAGACACUGGACCGGUGAAGGAUAAGUAUAGUUUGGGAGUGUCAGCUAUCAGGUGCCUGAAGAUGGGGGGGUUACUGUUGGGCUCUGGAGCCGGAUUGCUGGUCUUCUGUAAAAGCCCCAGCUACAAACCCAUCAAGAAAAUUCAAUUACAAGGUGGUGUUACUUCCAUCACACUUCGAGGAGAAGGACACCAGUUCUUUGUAGGAACAGAAGAGUCACAUAUCUACCGUGUCAACUUUACGGAUUUCAAAGAGACUCUUGUUGCGACCUGUCACUUUGAAGCAGUCCAGGACAUUGUCUUUCCAUUUGGCACUGCUGAGCUGUUCGCCACGUGUGCCAAGGAAGACAUCAGGGUGUGGCACACAAUGUCCAGCAGGGAGCUGCUGCGGAUCACUGUGCCCAACAUGACCUGCCAUGGCAUUGAUUUCAUGAGAGAUGGCAAGAGCAUCAUUUCAGCAUGGAACGACGGCAAAAUCCGAGCCUUUGCCCCUGAGACAGGCCGACUGAUGUAUGCCAUUAACAGUGCUCACAGGAUCGGAGUGACCGCCAUUGCUACCACCAGUGACUGUAAAAGGGUCAUCAGUGGCGGUGGGGAAGGGGAGGUGAGGGUGUGGCAGAUAGGCGGCCAGACCCAGAAGCUGGAGGAGGCCCUCAAGGAACACAAGUCCUCUGUGUCCUGCAUCAGGGUGAAGAGGAACAAUGAGGAGUGUGUCACUGCCAGCACAGAUGGGACUUGCAUCAUUUGGGACCUUGUGCGCCUUAGGAGGAACCAGAUGAUCCUGGCCAAUACCCUGUUCCAGUGUGUUUGUUAUCACCCAGAGGAGUUCCAGAUCAUCACCAGUGGGACAGACAGAAAGAUUGCUUACUGGGAAGUAUUUGAUGGAUCAGUCAUCAGAGAGUUGGAAGGUUCCUUGUCUGGGUCGAUAAAUGGUAUGGAUAUCACGCAGGAAGGAGUGCACUUCGUCACAGGUGGAAAUGACCAUCUGAUCAAAGUUUGGGAUUAUAAUGAGGGUGAAGUGACUCACGUUGGAGUGGGACACAGUGGCAACAUCACGCGCAUCCGGGUAAGUCCAGGAAAUCAGUACAUCAUCAGCGUGAGUGCCGACGGAGCCAUCCUGCGAUGGAAGUACCCCUUUGCCUCCUGA